GUCUAACUUUUAGGGACCCAAAAACGUUGCCUGAAGGAAGAAGCAAGGGACACAAAACAUUUAAGACAAACAUACAUAAUGCUGAUCGUAGCUGUUUUAAAUUCCUCUAUCUUGGUUUGCCACUGUUCUGCUAAACGGACAAUAUAGAAUGUGGCUAAGACGACAAGCUAAACUCAGACAGGUCUAAUCCACCCUCUGCAGGCCAUGCUUUCUAUUUUCGUGUAUGUGUUUCGGCUGUACCGUCCACCUCCUACGUGGACUGCUCUGCGCGGUGAAAAUGGCGGCAGGUUCGAUUUCAGAAAGGGAAUUUACAGAACUCGUGCUGAAGCUGGCAGAAGUAUCUGCACUGAUCAGUGACACGUGGCGAGUUGUGCACAGUUCUGAAGAGUAAGGAGACAAUCAUCAGACGAGGAGCGGAGUUGUCUAGAUGGGACGUAAGGGAAAAGCAGUUCAGAGAAAUAAUCAGAGGUCUGCUGGUGGAGUUUACCUGGAAAGGAAGAGCAUUGUCAUUGACACAACGGCAGAUCAGGUUUCUCGGUCGCAAUAUCUGGAUAUAGAAAAUGAUACAUCUUUAGCAGAGCAAGCUGAUGAUCCAAGCUGCCUGACACUCUCAGGGGAGAAAACUCAUUCUUUUCUGAACUAUGAGCAUCAUAUUGUAUACAGCCCAAGCUAUGCUGUUCCAGUUCUUUAUUUUAAUGUUUACAAACCAAAUGGGCACAGAUUGGAGUUAGAGGAGCUGUGGAAUAGAGUUCCAAAAGAACAUCACAUCAGAAUGCUGGAACACAAGUGGGCCACACUUACUCAGCAGGAACAUCCAGUUCUGGGCUCUCCUUAUUUCACACUCCACCCAUGUCACACAGCCACACUCAUGUCUCAGGUGCCACAAGCUGACAACAAAAGGUAUUACUUGAUCAAAUGGCUGAGCAGUGUUGGACCAGUGGCUGGUUUAGAACUUUCACCAGAAUAUGCAACCAUAUUUGAUGUGAUAGAUUCUGUAUGACUCAAGAUUUUUCACAAUCGUGUGCAGGCUGCCUUGGAGUGAAACCUCAGCUUAAGUGAUAUGAUCUGUGAUAUUAAAAUAGUUUUCUGUAUAAUACAACAUUUUAUCUGGAAUUUAUGCACUGUUGAAUUGCAUGAAAUAAUUUAAAACCUUGCUUGUGCACUUCUUUGAGUCACCAGAAUGUUUUUUAGUUUCAUUUAAUUGAAGCUAAUAAUCUUUUGGACAUUGUGUGCGUGUAACAAAAUUUUAUGAUGAUAUGCACAUAAUGGGAUUGUUAGCCUGCCUUGUUAGUAUGAAAUAGCUCUGCUUCAUAUAUAUAAAACAUCAACAUAACAUUUAUUACAAAUGCCAAAGAAAGUAUGCUUUAUUUAUCUGGAUGCCAGAUUUUUGCAACUACUUUGUUCAUGAACAGUGAGUGGAUAAACAUGAUUUGUAUGUAAAACAAAACUUUAAACAACAAAAAUAUAUAUACUGCUGCAGACAUUACAGCAGUUUAAGGUGCCGAUGAAGCAAAAUAAAAAAAAUGGAGAAAAUUCGAUUUCUGAAUUGCUAGUAGGACUUGUUGG